UUUGGGCGCCACAAAGAGACACUCUUCGAAUUCUCAUUGGUUCUUUCUGUUGCCCAACUCACAAACCUCAGCAAUUCGCCCGAUGAAGGGACUGUCACAUGGGCCCUGCCAUCCGUAGUGCCACGUUUCACUUUCAACCAAUCACGUCUCUCACCUGUUCUAGCCUAGCCUCUGUUGUCACACGUGUUAGAUUUCACACGCGUCAUGCUUAGAGCGCUUUAUAAAUGUAACCCAUUUGCUGUCCGUUUCUCUGCAUUAAAGAUCAGUGACUUCUCUUUUCAGCACAGAAGAAUCACAUUUCUAGAGAGAGAAACAGAGUUUUUCAGAGAGAGAGGGAGAGAUGGAUGGUAGAGGAGGGUGUUGUAUAGCAAGGUAUGGUGGUGGGUCGUACGAUAUGUCAAGGGUGGACCGUAUAAUGCUGAGAUUCAGGCCGAUCGCACCAAAACCGACUGUCGGUGGGUCUGUUUUCUGUGGUUCCACGCCGGAGAACAGUGAAGUCCAAGCUAGAACAGGCCGUGGUAAGAGAAGGUACGUAAAGGAUGGUAACAAGAGAUUUAAUAAUAGCAGAAAAAGAAAGGCUUCACCAGAUAAAACUGACCCAUGUGAUAAAAGUAACUCUGGUGGGUCAGUUUCCGGUGGAGAGACUGUGGUGACACUGCCGUUGUUGCCGGAGACACCUGAUCGGAAGGACUCUCCGACCAGGGGGUCUCCUAGUGACCAGUCUAACGUGACUAUCACAACAAGUCCUGUCAAGAACGUACCGAUUUGGUUGAGCUUUGAUAAUAGCCACCCUGUGAAUGAUAGUCACGUGGCGUCUGGGGUUGGACAUGUGGGUGCUGGGCUAAAUCGGACGGUGGUGAUGAUGCCACAGCCGGUGAGGCUGGUGGGGUCGUAUGUGACGGUGGAAUGUGUGACGGACACGUGGGUGGAUGGCUUUGGGCUGGGUUGGACAGAGGAGAGGAUGAUGCAUCUUGAGAGUGACGCAUGUCCGGGAUUUAUAUCUGACGGUUUGAACAGGGUUAAAUGGACCAAUGGGGCCUACAGGGAGAUGUUGGGACAGGGCCAGGUGGAUGGUGCUGAAGCGAUGGUGUGGUUGGUGAUGAAGGAAGGCGUGUCACUGCCGGUGUUGUGCCCAACGUUCACGUGCCGUGUGAGAGUCACGUGCGGGAAGGAGAGGAGCUCUCUGACUCUGCCUUGUGACGUGUGGAGGAUGGAAGGUGGAGGGUUUGCAUGGAGAUUGGACGUUAAAGCUGCUCUGUGUUUGGGUCGAUAAAAAGUGAUAAUCUCUCUCAUAGUCUAAGUAUGGUAAACUGUGAAUGUUUUUGGACUUAGUUUGUGUUGGUGUGAGCUUAAGAGCUUAUGCUUUUUUUGGAACUUUUGUCUACUGUUUGUUCCGACUCUCUCUCUCUCUCUCUCUCUGAUCUUUUGAAUGCUUGUUGAUAUGUUGAUCAAUGGUAAGACUUGUUCAGAUGCAAUACUUAGAAAGUGAAUU